AUGGUUGUUGCUGGUGGUGGUGAGAUCGAAAAUGAUGUUGUCUUCGUCGUCGAAGGCACUGCAAAUUUGCUUCUCGACUUUGAAGACCUCAAGAAAGCCUAUAUCGAACCUGCAAUACAGUAAGUAUAACGCCAGAGAGUGCACUAUAGUUUUUUUAAGAUUCACUUUGUAUCGUCGCUAGAUUUUGUCUUAGAAGGAGAAAAGGAUCGAAAUGUAAGCGAGGCGAUUUUGUCAAGCUCAUCAGCUGAGCUCAUUUACGCUUAAAUCAAAUAUACUGUGUGUACAGUGUACGUCGCUUCUAAUAGGGGGACGUGUUCACGUCCAUGCCAGACUCAUAUUUUUCAUCAUUUUAUGCUGUAGGAUGUUUAGGUGUUUGAUUUCGAGAAAUAUUUGUAUUCAUAUUGAAGCGGAAAUAUCUCUUUCGUGGUUGCGCUCGCUUUUAAAGUAAACAGAAUUAUUCUUUAAAUUUUAUCCAGCCACAUGCAUCCAAUUCGUACUCUCAUCGACAAGCUUUGUAAGACUCAGUUUUUUGUUUUAUAAAGCUAAAUUAAUUUUCCUUGCCAAAACAGCAACGAUCAUCAUUUCAAUGAAAUAUUUUCUCCGAACUAACAGGUAGUAUAAAAUUUUGCGUCGCUUUCAGCCAAGGGCGGUGCAAGGUAUCUCAAGUGCAAGGGAUGAUCGAAUUGGGACAAAAAUCAAAAUCCAAAAAAAUCGCUAGGGCUUCAAACAAAACCCCAAAAAAUUCCUGGACCAAAAUUGAACUCCGAAAAAAACCCAUGCCGAAUUUCCGAGCCAUAAAAAUUUCCAGAAAGCACUAAAUGAUAUAACACGAAAAAUAGAAACAUUAGUAAUGGAGUGUUUGUGUUUUGUUAUUCAUCACACCACCUAGAGUAAGAACCUUUUUCGCAUCUGGUGAUCAUUGUAACAACACUCGAGACACACAAGAGCAUAUUCUGUUACAACAAUAACAUUAUGCGGAAUGACAACUCUACACGUAAACAAGACUACCCUGACCAAGAACAUUAUGAACAACCCUACAAAGUUAUUCACAGAUUACCGUUAUUAGAUAAUAUGGGGGAACUAUCACGAACCUUCAGAUUGUUUUGAAUACCCCAAAAAAUCCCUACUUAAAUCAAGCUACCCCAAAAAAUUCUUGCCAAAAUCUUCCUACCCCAAAAAAUCCUGAAAUCAAAAAUUUCAAACCCCAAAAAAUCCUUCAAUCAUCUCUGUCACUUGAAAUCCGGAAAACCCCCACCCCCCUGGGACUUUCAGCUCAUCCUAAAGCUUUUAAGGUACAUGUAUCACAAAGAAGACCUAAAGUGUCACUUUAUAUGAUCUAAGCUUAAAGAUAGUUUUAUGUCAAACAUAAAUUCAUUUGGUGUAAAUUAGCAAGUAUUGCAUGACUACUAGUUUUCUUUUUGUCUGAUGGUUUAUGAUUGAACCUUUGUGUUACUGAUAUUAAAAAAAAAGAAUCUUCUACAUUGAAUGACAACAAAAUCCAAAGAAUGAAAAAAAGAUUGUUAAAAAUAAAAGAAAUUAAACAAUCAAAAUGUAGAUCUUUUUUUUCUACAUAUACCUUUGAUUGUUAUCAAGGAAGUAAAAUUUUGUUUCUAUUACAUCCUGUUAUGCUAAUAGUCAUAAAGAAAACCUUGUGAUGUUCACGCCAACCAAACAUGAUUAGUUAAACCAGGUUUGAUCGAAUCAGAAUCUCUUGCAAAAUGCUUGCCAAAUGUGGAAAGAUUUUGCUUGUGAAUGAAAUACAUGUAUGGAUGUAGGCUCUAAACCUGCCUUUUAUUUUUGGGUAAAUUUGAAAAAGGUAAACAUUACUAAGUGACAUGACCUCUAUGAGCACAAUUUUAAACUUUGUUGAACUAAACGGAUUGAAAUGUGUUUCAGACUUGUUGUGAAUAACAAAUGAAAUAUUGAGUUAAUAUUCACUUUAUUUCUGUGUCAAUAAAUGCAGUGGUUACCCCCUAAGUAAGAACACCUAUUUAUAUGAACAGGCUGUAGAUGAUGAGUGAAUUCACUGGUAAAAUUACUCAACAGGAAGUUUGACAUCAUUAAGCAUUCGUUCAUAUAUAUAGCAUCAUACAAAAUUUACAAAUUAUAGUCAUAGACGGAAAUUCCCUUGUUGACAAUUUGUAUUGUUUUGUGUUAUAUCUUAGCUAUUUUAAUGGAGGAAUCCCAAUGGACACAGAGUACAGUUUUGGAGAUGAGGUACAUACUUUUUGUUUGAAAAUAACACAUGGCAUUUUGUUUCAAUUUUGAAUGGCUUUAUCUGUAAUUCAUUACUGCGCUUUUGUGAAAAACACGGGAACUUUGAAGUUCAAGAGCCGCCUUCACAAUUGUUUUGUUUUUGUUUGUCAUCAGUCAUUAUUACAAUCACAAGCAAUGCACCUUGAAAUAUGGAAACACACAAAAUGGAUGGAUAUCCACCAUGCAGUCACAAAUCACAAACCAUGACCUUUUGAACCCAUUGAAGGAAACUUCUGUUUCCUAAGUGGUCUGCUAAGGUGAUUGACGGCAUUGAAAAAUGCAAAUGUCAGUUAGCUUUUGAAUCUCAGAAUUUGUGUGUUUUUGAAAAGUGCAGUAAUCGAGGUAGUAAUAAGCGUUAUUUUAUAGAUGGCCACCUUGCUUAGCCAAACUAAGUAUAUUUUAAUUUAGGUUCCUCUCCUGCAUCAGAAUAUGGUCCCCUUACCCCCCCAAAAAUGGUAAACAAGUGACAGUAAAGCUUCAUUUGCUCAAGGCCUAACCAUAACUUUUUUAAUUUGACUGCAUUCACAGGGGUUUCAGCAGAUAACUUAAACUGUUAUUUAAUUUCACAUCACAACUUUAGUGUUACAGAAAGAAGUGUACAUAACUGCGCCCAGCGAUAACUCCAUUCCCUAGAAGUAUCAAAAGAUUUAUAAAAGUGCUAUUUUAUUCCACAAGUGGAUUAAUUUGUAAGUUUUCUGCUGUUGCAUAACUCAACAUGUUUAGAAUAUUUUACUUUUUCAAGCCUCGAGAUUUCAAAAUCUGUAGGGGAGAAUGCUAAUGAGGAAAACAUUAUUAACAAAUAUUUCCAAUAACUUUGAAGUUAAAGGCUAAUACAGUGGAGCCUUGAUAUAACGAAUGUCCAGUAAACAUGAGGAAAGACCUUGUUAUAAUGAAGCCUUGUAAUUGCAAACAUAUAUUUUGCCAUUCCCUUGUCCCUUUGUUAUAUUGAGGUACCACAAUAGAUUUAUAACCCACCUUGACUCUGAUAUCUUCUUUUCAGUAUGGUCCAAACCAGUAUGGCUUGGUAGUCUAUGGAACAGUAAGUCACACUCCUGAUCCAGCAGUGCAAUGUGUAAGAGAAACAAGAGAUGCAAAGCAGAUGCUGGAGUUUCUGCAGGAAGUUAGGUAAGUAUGCUGGGGGCCGGGGGCUGCGGGCAGGGGAUUUCCCCUAGUUACUGUGAGCUUAGUUAUUAAAGUGGAAUGGUUAUGAAACCCGUUAAGUUGAAAUCCAUUAGGUAAUUGAGUAAGUUUAAUUUUCAGUGGACAAAAACCUUGUACCAGAAUAACUAGCAUAUUGCAUUCUUUUUCACACUUUUCAAGGGCUGUAAAUGUUAUAAGUUGUAUAAAAUAACUCCAAAAAAAGGUUUUUAUUGGAGCCAGAGAAAACAAACUUUAAAAACCUCAAAUUACAGAAAUUGAAAUCUUAUGUGUGACGAUUUUACCUUUGUUGUUUUCUCAAUUCACAGUUUGACAUUAAAUUAUAGAGUUUGGUUGUUACAUAUUUAUUACAGUAGUCUUUUUGGCACAAUCAGAGCCUGUCACUAAUAACUGAGUCCUCACUACUAUAUGCAUGACUCUCCGACUGCGUUGAUUAACUUUCAGAUUUGAGGGUGGUGGCUGUGAGGAAUGCAGCUUAUUAGCUGAAGCACUAAGUGUAGCUCUUCAGGUUAGUGAACAUAAAAAAUAUGACUCCUUUACCUUUAUAAUAACACCUGAACAGAAAUUUCAUAUUUCCAAGCAGCCAUGUAAUGUUCUAUUUGUUCUAACACCAAUGAAAUUACUAUUGAAAUAUUUUUUUGCAGCAAAAAAUUAAUGUGAUUAUGUUAUGUAGACAGCAAUGGCAAAUAGCAGCAGUGAUCUUUUCAUGUUUGAGAUAACAUUUUUUCCCACGGAUGAAGAUACAUCAAAAUCAGGCUAGACAUAUUUAUUUUGCUUCAGUUGGUAAAUAGCACGACAGCAUUCAAGGUGAAAUGAAAAUAGGUUUUCCCAUUACCAUGUAUUAGCUGUGGAGAAUGUAUGAGAGCUGCUAUUGGGCCUCAGAUUUCAGGUUACUGUACCUUUAAAUAGUGUAAAUGGAUUUGUGUUUUGAGUUACUUCAAACAAUAAACCAAAUAUUUUUGUGAACAGAUAUUUGAUGAAAGAACUCUUCUGAGGGGUCAAACCUCUAAGUAAGUGGCAUUACUUCAUCAUCAAUCAUCAUCAUCAUUAUUGUAAUGUAGUUAACCUAUUUACUAUAGAUUCCAAACGUGAAUUACCGGUAAAUUGUAAUAUGCAUGUUAAAUAGAUUAUUGGGUUUGUAGGGGAUUUUUAACCCUUUGCCUACCAAGGACAUAUAUAUACGCAGGGGUUUCAACAAAAAUUGAAGUUGCCAGCAGGUUUGAAAAAAGUAACCGACUGUAUCAAAAAGAGGCUUUUAUUUUACUCCCCUUCUUCUAGAUGGGUCUGGGGGUCUGCACCUCUUGAAAAUUUCGAAAUGUCAAUGCCCUGAAAUGCAGUUUCCAGCAUUCUGGGCACUAAAUUGAGUACAAAAGAUAAUGUAUUUUCAAUCAAUUUGGUUAGGUAACGCACAGUAAGUCCAAAACUUUUCUUAAAUAUUUUAAAUCUGAAGCAAAAAGUCUGUCUAGGUCCAGCAAAUUGAAUUUUAUUGUAAGUUUUGACAGAAUCUUUCUUUAAUGUAACACUCUAUUUCUAGCUUCCAAUUUAGGGGAAAAAAGUAGCUGACUUCUCUGAGCAAAGAAGCCGACAUGUUUUGUCGGUCUUCAGUGCUUAUUGAAACGCCUGUAUACAUCCUGUGUGAGGUUGCUCAGCGAUGCCUGGAGGACAUACAUGUUACACCAAAAGGUCAAAAUUAAAUUCAGGUUGAAUUUUUUUAACCUUUUUUAACCUGUAUUAAAUUUUGACCUGCGACAUAUAUAUACAUUCUCACACAAAUGAAAUCACCUACAGUAAAGUCCAGUCAUUCGAGUUGCCUUAAAAUUAAUUAUGAAUUCUGGUUGUUGAGAAAUGACCUCCAGUUGCUGGGUGUUUUUAGCUCUAGUAGGCAAAAUAAAACCUUUGGUUUUCAAACCAGGUGAUUUUCCAUUGCUGUAGCCUUAAAUAGCUGUGAAAAUAGUGAGUAGCAUUAUUUUCUUUCAAUUUUUCUCUUGAACAACCCUGCACCUCAAGUAAGUACUUUUUGUUCAUGCGCCAAAGAUGAUUGCUCAAGGGAGAGUUGGAUAUUAGCUACCUGAGGAAUAAUAUUGUGUUUGCUUUGUUGAUAUUUGUAGAGGAAUUGUCCGUAAAAGCUGCAUAGUGGUUUGUAACUCUCCUCCGUUUACUUUGCCAAGUCGUGAGUGUGGCUAUGCUGAUGAUUAUUUUGACAAGACUGUGGAGCAACUGGCUGAGGAAAUGGGAAAAAAGGUGAUGAAGAAAAUGCUGAUCAUAAGUUACACUGACAAUAAUUUUACUCCUUUUGUAGAUCAUAUACUGAGGCUGAAUGUUCAGAUAAAAAAAAAGACCAUGUAAGUGGUAGCCUCCCCGCAGACGUCCUUUGGGGUUCAUUUGUCACACAUACAAACGAACCCCAAAGGAUGUCUGUGGGAAGGCUAUGUAAGUGGAGGCAGCAUGGCCGAGUUAGAGAGCGCUGGACUUGUAAUUCGGAGGCCCUAACUUCAAGUCCUGCCCUGACGGCUAGCUGGAUUUGUUCUUGGUAGUCAAGAGUGCAAAUCCUCAUCCAUGCUUCUAAAAUGGCCAACUGGUUUGCCUCCUUCCAGUUGGGAUGUCUUGUCCAUGUUGUUUCAUUUAAGUUAUUUGUUUCAUUGUCUCUGUAAAGCCCCACAAGGGGAGAGGAUAAUCAAAGUAUUAUAAUUACAAUAAUAAUAAUAAUAAUAAUAAUAAUAAUAAUAAUAAUAAUAAUAAUAAUAAUAAUAAUGAUAAUAAUAAUGAUAAUAAUAAUAAUAAUAAUAAUAAUAAUAAUAAUAAUAAUAAUAAUAAUAAAUUAAUAGUUCACAGUCCGCGUUUUACCCUGACCAGUUUGUAUUCGCUGGGAAUUUUUACUCUGAACAGAGAUUGAUUUUGGGAUUGUAUUGCUUUAUUGUCCAAAAAAGUUUAGUUUCAAAUGAGUCUCUUUUUAUCUUUCAGAAAGGAAUAAAUCUCUCCAUCAUUGCACCAAGGAAAAUACCUGCACUUCAGAGAGUCUUUGAAAGGGUCAGUUUUUGCUGCGCCAACCUGCGUUUCACGCUCAGCCUUUGUUAGUCUGUCAAAUUGAUAUGUAGCACUGUAUACUAAUCGUGAAGUCAAAGCUCUCAGAGUUGACCCCUUUAGAUAACCUAUCUUGUGGUUUUCUCGUUGGAGGUUACCGAACAAGUGCAGUAGUCCGUAACAAUGAGUUUAAUGCGGCGUGUGAUAUGCGUGUUAUCGGCGUUUUAGAUCCGCAGGCGUAUGACACACGCGCGCAUAAUGCAUGUGAGUCGGCAGGUAUCGUAUUUUAUUCGAUUAAGCGCCUACCCUCAAAUUGGCACCCACCUCGAAUAAGCGCCCAUCCUGUUGGGAGGAAAAUUUAACAAGCGCCCACCACGUUUGUGGUUAACCUUAGAGAAGAAAACCUGGCAAAUUGGUCGGUCGUUUUUCCUUAUAUAACCUAUAAGCCAGAAACAGAACCAUUUUGUUUUCCUUUGGGGAACCAGGCUGUUAACUUUGCUUGAAAACUGUGCCCGGUAAACUUUUUGGUUUUCUCAGACAAGCAAACGCCCGCGAAUCUCAACUUUGAAGCUUACUUUCUUUUAUUAAUGUUAGUCUGGUAUUUAUUUUCAAUGUCACUUGCAGUCUCUUACAGUUGAAGGUACCGCUGUUUUGUCCAAAGAUUAUUCAAAGGAUCCUAACCACCUGGUGUGUAUUCAGGGCCUAGAUUUACCAGGUGAGCGCUGUUUGAAUCUCAUACUUGAAUAGACCUUAUUCACGAUACCCGCCGUUUUUCCACGUGCUCUGAUGGGAUAAAAGCAAUGUCACUUAGUAUUUCAGGGGGCAAACAAGUGAUAAAAUUUGCCAAUACGAGAAAUCGCGGUCGAUUUUGUUUUUUUUCCUCUGAAAAAGGAGACGACAAUUUUAGUUAUGCAAAAUCUACUGUAACUUGGAUUUCGACAAGAUUUAUGUCGUUAUUGCUUGCUGCGAGGACAUCUGCGGUCGCUACUGUAUACAAAAAAGUGACAAUGACCACUUUGACCCAUAAUUUGCCAUUAUUUUUUCUUCUUGAAGAUUUCAAGUAUUGUGGCUACUCUGCUACAUGUAUCUAUGCAUGCAUUGUGAAUUCCGUGCUGGAGCCCUUUCACUUUUACUCAUGCUUGUUGUUAAUGUCAGUCUGAUCGGUGAUUGUUGCAUUCUAGUGACAUCAGUAAACCAGAAAUCAGAUGUGAAAAAUGCACAAAGUAUAACAGAUUUGCCAAAAACUAUCUCACAGAUGGCUGAUCCCACUAACAUGAAGUCUGUUCCAUCAGCUGGCAGUCCGCUGACAAGUAAUGGUGCGUUUUUUUCUUAAGGUGCGGUAAAACGGGCAACAAAAGCGUGCAACUAGUUUUGCGACCACGGUUGCAAAACGAGUUGAAGAGUGAUGUUGCGCGUUUUACUACCCACGAAUCAAACUGUCUUGCAACAAAUCAGGUUGCUGCAGGUUGCGAAAAGUUGUUGCAGAUGGCAGAAAGUAGUUCUACUUUUUUUCACAAAAUCUGAAAAUGUUCGGCGUUUUAUCAAACCAAGGCAAUCUUGUCUUGCAGCAAGUGACUUAACACCCGUAUAUGGCGUGACUCCCGCGUAAUUUUAUCCAUUUAGAAGUUCGUAUUCACACAACUUGCAAGGCAGGUUUGAGCGCGGAUGAUAAAACGCGCAACGUAGCUUUUCAACUCGUUUUGCAGCGUAAUUGCUAAACAAGUUGCAGUUGCAUGGUAUUGUUGCUCGUUUUAUCGUAGCUUUACAAGGGCCUGUUCACUAAAAACAGAUUUGAAGGGUGAGGCGGGCGGAUGGUCCUGAUCCCGCAUUUCCGCUCUUUCUGUCAUCGCCACCUCGCUGUCCCUUGCCCAAAUUUUGGCGAAUCCUGCUUCCCGUGUAGCAGUCAAAUCCUGCAUCCCGUCAACGUUUUCCCGAAUCCUUCACUGUAUUUUUUCAAUCCCGGAAUCCGGAUUCUGAGAAUACCCUUCCAUACCCUGUAAAAGUAGUCGACGUGAUAAAUCACUUCUUAUUGGAUGAGAAAAUCCUUUGCAUUAUCAAGCGAAGAGAGAUUUACCUAUGGAGGAUAGAGACUUAUCUAGACUUAACCACAAGACGACCUUUUCUGAUCUGCGAACGCGGCGAGGCGCGAGCCAGGCGUCUUCUCCCCUGACCAAUUAACCAGCCAAAACGAACUUUUAGAAAAUCGUCGUUUAGUCUUGGACCUGCUCAGUUGUAGUCGAUCACAAAUGACAUAGAAAAAUAUACUACUGCCUCUUAUCGCUCGAUCGUGGAAAGGUUUCCGUUUAUUAAGACCCAGAUCAUUUUGUGGGACAAAAGAAAAAUACGAGUUGCUGUUAGGAUUUGGGUAGGCAUUAGUGGUAUCCAUUCUGUUCUGUGUCUGCCACCUAUCGAGAUCCGGUCGAACGUCGAUUCGCCCGAUGUGUAUUUGAUUUUUGCCGGCAUAGUAUUAACCCUUUCACUGCCAAAUUUAGCCAAAAGCAAAUUUCGACCAAAUUUCGAAAUUUCAUUUGUUGCAUUUCGAAAAACAAAUAUCACCAUGUGUAAGUACAGGCAGAGAGUUUUCAUUUGAAUGGUCAAAUUAUAGGAGUUGGUUCGCAGACUCAAAGUUAGAGUCACCUUACAAAACUCCAUUAAGCACUCUUGCAAUGAAAGGGUUAAAACUUUUUCAAGUUUCAAUUUAUGUCCAUCCUUGCCAUCCGUUGCAACAGACGACAGGAAACAUUUUCAGUGCGCCAAACAUAGUCUACAUACUUUACGGACUCAAAUUUUAGAACCACCUUAUGAAAUUCUGUCAUUCACGCUGGAGAUAAAUGGGUUCAGUAAUAAUAAUAAUGAUGGUGUUAAUGAUAAAAAAUAAUGAUGAUACAAAUGAUAAUAAUAACAACAGUGAUAAUCACAAUAACAGUUGAUAUUGAUAAUGAUGGUGAUGGUGAUAAUGAUGAUGACGAUGAUGAUGAUGAUCACUAUUAUUAUUUUUCAGUUUUAUCAGUAUUUUUAAAGUUGCUUUUUUCUCUGUUUCUUUUUUAAUUUAAAGUCAAAGAGAGUCCAGAGAAAGCACUAAAGAAGCCGAACAGUGUUGGAGUCACAAGUAUUCGUCCGCAAAUUGCUGAAACCAAACCACAACAAACCGCAUCCAAAUUUUUUGGAGUUACACCAUCACCUAACGUGUCGAUAACUCCGGUAUGAAAUGAUAUUAACUAGAAAAUCAAACUUACGUUGAAAACUAAGGAAAGCAAACAUAUGAACAAGUCGUAGAAGUUUAGAGUAUCGAUACCAGAAAGAGCAACGGGGGCUUCGGCAACACUAAGAAAAGUGUCGUCUCUUGAAAACCGUGAACGUUUGUCGGAAUUACUUUGGUCUUCACCUUGGCAGUUAUUGUAACCACCCUUUUCUUUAUAAAACACCAGCUUUAGAUCAGCCACCGGCAUAAUACCACCCAUUUUAGUUUACAUGAAGUAAGACGUAUUUUCACUCUUGAAAGGAAAUGAAUAAAAAGCUCGAUUCAUUAGCUUUGUUAGACCCAUCAGUGUGGAUAUCUCUGUCCAAAGGCAAGCGCUUUAUGAGCUCUGUUAUACUGUAGAUGGAAGCAGUAUUUUAAGUGGUAUUUCCUUGGGGUUUAAGAAUAAACCGGUCCGCUAAAAGUCCAUGACGUAGCUGUAGUAUGGGAGUUACUCGCUUCGGGUUUUGGGGCUCCUGUUUUACGAAUUAAUUGUUAAUUUAGUAUUUUUGACUGAUUUUCUUGUAGGACGGUACCGUGAUAUCUGGCGUGAUGAAGGUCAACCCUCCUAAACAAACGCUUCCCUCAGGGCAGGGCAGUAAUUUAAUGGCUGCCAAGCACCACGCUCAGCAGAUUCAGAAAAUUGCAUCAAUACAGCCUCUCAGUCAGUGUGGGUAUUUUUAAAUGGCUGCUCGUUUUUCAUACCACAUUUUUGAUGUGCCUUAAUUCAGCGGAAGCCAGCCAUACGACCCCUGUUAGUGUAGCCUCCUACGCAGACGUUCGUAGGGCUUCGUCACGCGUUUCUGCCCCACUAGUGGGACAGGAACGCGUGAAGAACCCCUAACCCCUCGUUCGCAUGGGAGGCUACCAUUAGUGCGAACACCUCGUUAUUGGCCUUUUUCCCACUAGACACGGAUUAUUCGUCCGAGACGAGUUAUCCGUUGGAUAAUUCGGUUAGUCAGUUAAUACGUCUUAAUCAUGGAACUGUUUUUUUUUACGAAUAAUCCGCCUGACUUAAUCCAUCUGUUUAUUCGUCAAUUUUGUUGGAUAUUGAGGAUAUUUAUCCGUCUCUAGUAUGAAAACAACCAUUUUGAUCACCCCAAUAUUACGACUCGGCACCCCGUUACCGACCACCCUCUUAUUUCGACCACUCUAUUAUGAUCCUCUAUUAUUACGACCACCACCAUGUCAUUCUAAACCCCCCCCCCCCCCAAACCCCCCUUUUAUAACCUCCCCGAUUUUAAUUCCCCCCCCCACCUUUUAACCACCCCAUCUCACUCUUCUUCCCUUAAUUUAAACCUUCCUUCCUCCAUCCACAUUCCACCACAUACUCCCCCCCUCCACCUAAUUUUUUUGGUUAUUGACGAUCUUUAUUCGUCUUUCUUAUGAAAACACCCAUUUUGAUCACCCCCAUCUUUCGCCUCGGCCCCCCCUUACCCCCCCCCCUCUUUUUUCGGCCACUCUAUUAUGUCCCCCCAUUAUUUCGACCCCCGCCACGUCAUUCUAACCCCCCCCCCCCCCCCAACCCCCAGUAUUAUAACGUCCCCGAUUUUAAGUCCACCGCCAACGUUAUGACCACCGCGUUCACUUCUAUCUCACUUAUUUUAAGACCUCCUGCGCUGAUCAACGCUCCACCAACUGACGCUCGCCUGCCGAAAAGAAAAGAAAUGGAAAACCUCCUUUCAUUAACGUUUUGCUUUUGACACAAUGCCAAAUCUAUAAAAGAAAAUACAGUUGAACCUCUUUAAUACGGACACCGAAGGGACAGAGCGAAGUGUCAGCAUUAGAAAGGUGUCCGUAUAAAAGAGGUCACUAUGAUGACGUCACUUUAAUGACUCCACUUACAGUUUUAAGUGUCCAGUAGCUAACAGCAGGCUCACACUCGUCUUUAAACUGCAUUUAAAUUUAUUAAUUCACUGUAAAAAGACAUUGUCUUUCAGUAGCGUAAAACAUUGCACAUAGCAGCUACAAAGUAAGAACAGUCGUAGACAAGUCACUGUUUAAAAAAAAAAAACGAGCUACAGCGCAAUGCUGAGUGUAAAAAGUCGUAACGUAAAGCACCAUUCUGAGAGCGUCUUUCACUAUUUUGCAAGUGUAGUAAACAGUAACUAGAGUACAAAAUGUAAUAGAAAAGAUCUUUAUGCUAUAUGUAGUUAUUCAAGCCUUAAAAAAGUCGGUUAUGUUCCUCUGUACACCUUUCGUAAAUCGUUGUUUGAUAUACAGCGACUGGGCUUUUGAAAUCUCCUUGCAUAGCUCUUCAGCCAGACGGGAUUCACCCUGUGCAGAUUCACCUGAUCGGUAUUCGGGAUUCACCUGAUCACUGUAGUGUCCGUAAUAAAGAGGUUAAGUUUAUAUGAAUUUACUCUCUUGGGCCGAGAUUUAUUGUCCGUUGUCCGUGUGAGAGAGAAUCCGUAUUAUAGAGGUUAUUUUUAAAGAAAAUUUAUGAGAAUUUUGUUGGGACAUUGGCAACUGUCCGUAAUAGAGAGGUGUCCGUAAUAGAGAGGUGUUCGUAGCGCGAGGUUCGACUGACCCUGUAGAAAGAAAAAAAAAUGAAUUCAUUUUCAAAAAACAACAAAAAAACAAAAACAAAUGCCUGUUAGUGUGGACUUGGUAUUAAUCUGUUUUUCCGCAUUCUGUACAGUUCAAACCCAGACGCAAAGCAGCGGAGCAGCGGCACCUAACGCGGGGCAAGAGGCUGUGCUUAACACUCAAGCACAAAAUUGGCCACAGGUACACAACCAACCACAGCAAAGGCCAGUUCCCCCACCUGGUGGUCAGCCUGUGACGCAAGAUAUGAACCCGACUCAAGGAUCACAGAGAGCUUUGGCUUGGACAGGACACUUGGAGUGGCAGGAUACUGUAAGUUGGUUCAUCGUGGAUGAUUAUAUGUUUCUGGGAAACUGCCCACCUGCCCCUCCCCUAAGCCAAUAUUAACACUUACUUCUGACUUAGGUCAAAACGUUCUUCUGGGGGCGUUAUUGUUUGCUUGUAUUGUCUCUUUUUGUUGUACGUAAUCUGUGCCUCGGUACAAACAGAAGGAACCAUUUGGACACGUUCCCCUCUGCUCAGCGCCAACCAUAUUUCCAUUCUUUCAAGGAACUGGGCGACUCAGAAAAAUCGCGAGAAGGUUAAAAGGUGCAAGAAUACCCAGGAUUGAGCUGCGAAGCUCCUUAAUGCAUUUACCUUAAUUUUUGUAUUAUUUAACAGGUGCGUGAUCCGAACGGCCCACAGCAGAGAAUAACUCGUUCCCUGGCCUGCCACGUGUCUGUUGUGCCUGGAGACUCGCUGUAAGUACUAUUAUUAGAGAUCUUUACAUUCUAAGGCGAGUACGACUACGAGUACGAGAUUUUCUCAAUACUAAGUAGUGUACACGGGUGAGCCAGCGUCAUUUUGGCGGGAAAACGUGGUAGCCGUCGUCAUUCUACUACGAGUUUUCGCGCGAAUGUCGUGGUGUCGAAAACAAGAUAUCAAAUGUUAGAAGUUUUAUCAUUUUGCGAUCGGGAGAGCGCGUAACCUCCUUCACUAAAGAUAACAAUGCUAUAAACUGAAAAGUGAAGCUUUCUGGAAGUUUAUCUUUAGAGAAGACAUGAAAAAACUUCAAGUCUUCAAAUCCCUUACUGGUAGUCGUCCUCACAUUGGAGUGCCCCACACUCACUUGUCUCUGGUUAGAAUGCCAUAAACUAUUUCCCUGCCUCCGAGAGUCCUUGUUUCAAUUUCAGGCAAAAGCGGGGUGCUUAUUGUAUUCAGGGAAUUUGGGACAGUUUUCUGAUUUGCUUCUUUCGGCCAAAGCGUGGCCAAAUAGGUAACUAUUGGUUUGUACAGAAAUAUUGUGCAUAGUUGGUAAAGAAAAUGAUACAACAAUAACAUACGAAAGAAAAGUGCUAUUAGCAGCUCGCCACAAGUAUUCGUCAAUUCUUGACUUGCAACUACGUGACAAGGCGGCCAUGUUGGUGGUGUGUUGGUGGUCAAUGCAAUAGAACUUUUUCUCGAAGAAUUUACACGAAAAUUGAGUUUAGUUCCCAGAGGAGAGAAAUGUUUUGUUCUUGACCACCAGCAUGGCCGCCGUGACGUCACGUGGAAACCAGCAAUACGUUAUUUCUGUCGUGUUCGCCAAGUGAAACGGCCAUUAAAGUGAAGAACUGCUCUUAAGGAGGUACUUUAUAGUUUAGUCAUAUUGAUUUAAUUAGUGGGGUGUUUAUUUAUGGUGAAAGCGUCAUUAAGGCUUCUUGAAAAUCUAAAUGUAGACGGAUGAAUGGAACACCACCAUUUUAAGGACCUUCCUUCUAUUGCGUUACUUAUUUUUUUAUCAUUUUUUAUAUUUUGCCUUACAGCAAAGCAAGUAACUGGCCUCCAAAGCUUAUCAUGCAGCUCAUUCCACAAAAUCUAUUGGUAAGUUGACAAGUUUGUACUUUGGGUAAGGUUCAGUGAGCUGCCGUCCCCUCUCCCUUGCAUCCACCUUCCCCUCCCCCCAUGGUGCCCUCUCUUGAUCAGAGAAGCCCGCUACCUCCCGCAGGGGCGAGACUUGGCCCUACAACAUCCCGUCCUUGUUGUUAUGUUGGUAAACCAAUAGAAGCUUCAUUCUGUGGUUUUUAUAGACCAAUUUUUCUGUUUUCUCCUAGUCCACACUCGGACCUCUACUACAAAACUCCAGAACAGUGGCAUUCCAUUUUGCUGCUGAUGAUCCCACGUCUUUGAGAGCUCUGUACAGAGUCAUGGCGUCCAGUGGAGUUAAAUUUGUAAGUACAGGGGACUUCACUAAAUAUAUCUGUCACAGGACUGAGGAUUUUUUGCAGUUUGUAGGUGAUAGUCUGCAAUAUUCCAUAACGAGGAUUUCCGUUUGGCUGGUGUCUCAUGUAAACCAACUUUUGUAAUUGACCACUGCAGAGAAUACAACUAAAUACCAUAAUAUGCUUUGUUGGUGACUCAAAAAUUUUGCAUAAGCAUAAUUGUCUUCGGUUUCUCCUAGGGCCUGUUUACAUGAGGGUGGGGGGCCGCAGGUAGGUGUGGUAACAUGUGGCUGGUUAUCCCACCCAACAUGUAAACGUGAUCCCAUCAAAAUGAGAGAUUAUAUGGACAGGCGGGUUACGCCACCUAAGCGGGUUACCUCACCUUCUUGAGGUCCCCCACCUCCGUGUAAACACGCCCUUAGAAGUUAAAAUGGCCCCAAGAGUAACUGAAAACAAUACUUUUGCAAAAUUGUGGAGUGACCAACAAAGCGUAUUAUGGUAUCUUGUGGUAUUUUUUGUAGUGGUCAAUAUCUUUUGUUCUCUGCACGAUUUGCACGUGUAAUGCAUCAGCUCCUCGUAAAUUUGCGUACACUGCACGUGCAGUUCGUGCAAGAAAUAAAAUAAAAUGAAAUAAAUAAAUAAAACACUUCAAAAUUAAGGUUUAGAUGAAGCACCACCCAAGCGGCAGUUUAAAGAAUAUUAUGGUAUUUACCGCUCUGGCCAAUAUUAUGCUUUAAUGAUAACGAUUAAUGACUAUUCCGAAGGAGGACUAAAAAUGAUCGACAUUGCUUCUUUUAACAAAUCUCUUAAAGCCACAUGGAUCCAGAAAUAUCUGGACCCUGAAAGUCGCAGUAAAUGGAAGCGACUCUUUGAUUCCGAACUUGAAAGAAAUGGAGGCGAAGUGAUACUAAAAGGAAAUCUCAACAAAAAAGAUGUUAACAACUUAAAAAUAUCAGACCCUUUUGUGAAAGAAAUACUUGUAAUUUGGUCAGAAGUUUUUUUCCGGGAAACGAUAGUAUCUGAAGAACAUCUUUUGUCGUCACCUUUGUGGCAAAACUCUCUGAUAAGAAUUCAGAAUAAGCCUGUUUUUUAUAAAGACUGGCUUGCCAAGGGUAUUACGCAAGUUAAACAUUUAAUGGAUGAAUCCUCCAAUUUCUUUUCCCUUGCUGCUUUUCAGAUUAAAUAUAACUUGCAAGUUCGACCUCUAACCUUCUUUGGAUUAAUCUCAGCAGUCAACCGUCUACGGAGACAAAACACCAAAACCCAAUCUAAGUAUGAAAAUCGCUUUUCAAAAUUUCUUAUGAGUCAAAAGCCAUCUAAAUUUAUCUACCAAGAAAUUGUGUCAAAAAACUGUGAAAGACCAAUUUCAUGUCAAGAAAAGUGGCGCAAAGACAUCAAUCUUAACCCAAAGGAAAUUAUUAAUUGGAAAGUCGCUUAUCAAACAUCCUUUCAAUGCACAAAGAGCAGUAAACUUAUCACUUUCAACUUCAAAUUGUUACAUCGCCGGUUACCAACUAACUGUUUCUUAAAAAAAGUUGGACUUAGAGAGGAUGAUAAGUGUUCUUUUUGUAAUAAGGAAACGGAAAACUUGAUACACUUAUUUUGGAGAUGCGAAAAAACAAAAAAUUUUUGGGAUAGUCUUUUUAAGUGGAUGCAGUCUUGCCAACUUUCUUUAAGUGAACAUAAUUACUUACACAUAAAUACGGCUUUGGGUCUGAGGCCAGAUAGAUCUAAACACAAACUCCAAAUCAAUUUUUGUUGCUUACUUGCCAAGCACCAUAUCUGGCUUUGUCGCUCAAAAGAACACCCCCCCAAUUUAAACAACUUUUUACAUUAUUUGAAACACAUUUAUCAAAUAGAAAACAAUGCCUCCACUGUCAAAAAUAAAUGGGAACCCUUGUUGCCUUAUAUAAGCCUUUUGACCUGAGUCUCCAAAACCUAAUUAAAUAUAAAUAUCUUCUCUACAUCUCUUUUUUGUUUUGGUUUCGACUGUGCCCUUGUGCUCAAGGAAAAAAAAAGGAAACGAAAAAGUAGGGAGAGAAAAAAGAAAAAAGGACCAGAUGUAUCAACUUCGCUAUUUGCUUUUAGCCUGCUGCUCUCCUCUCAAUUGAUGUUUUUUUUUUGUUGUUGUUGUUGUUGUUUUGUAGUUUUUCUUUCUUUUGUCACUUUUAACUUGUAUUUAAUUUGUUGUUUGUUAAAAUAAAAAAUAAAAAAAUAAUAAAAAAAAAUAUUAUGCUUUACAUUAGCAUGGCCUUUUUUCAGGCUGGGUGCGUACAUUUCCCGCCAGUUCCUCAGUGUGACGUCAAAGUCCUACUUUUAAUAUUCAGCCCCAAGAAGCGAGCAUUUGUUGGAUUAAUUCCUAAUGAACAGGUUAGUAGGGUUCAACGAAGUAUUAAAACUUAAUGCUUUUUUGAGGUGUAUUGAGCAGAGUGCUUUUUACUGCAACCGCUAUUUCUAUUAUACUGCAUCAAAACCAAAAAAUAACUUUUUUCAGUCACUCGACCUUUUGUUAGCCCAGGAUUAUCUAAAAAAAAAAAGAAAAAAAAAACUUUCUAUAACAGUUGAAGCAAGCCUAACAGUAGCGGACGUUUCGAUAAUCUCUUGGUCGUUGUUGUUUUCUUUUUCCUUUUUUAACGUUCAACCUAUUUGAUAUUGAAGAUUAACCUCAAUGUCAUUAUCUUGACAUUGGGAUUAAUUCUGAAACGUUGCAGUCUAAAACCAACGCUGGGUGCCUUGUUGAUUUCUUUUCUUUUUAGAAAAACUUUGUACUCUCAAAUUGCGCUUGAAUGACAAAACAAUACAGUGAAACCUCUAUUUAGCGGACACCCUGUAUUAAGCGGAAGAAUAUUUCAGUUUUUUUUCCAAACGUUUCUUGCCAUAUAGUGGACACUUUUAUUCAGCGAACACCAGCAAAGAUCCCGCUGGUAUCCUCUUACGUAGUUUUAGUUUAUGAGACAGCUGUGUAAAAUGAACCACAUUAGACAAAUUAAACCAAAGUAUUUAUGUUCCCUUUUACUUCUUUAGGGAAACUUUGUUGAAGGAAUCAGGGUGAGUUAUGUUUCUUCGGUAUUUGUUUUUUCUACUUUUCUGGACCAGAGUGGUUUCAGUGGUCUCGCGGUUUCAGCAAAAUGCAAAAUCGUCAGACAUUUGUAGGAAAAAAAAUACUGAAAUAACCACGUAUUAAGGCCUGUUUACAUGAAGGUGGGGAACCCCAGGUAGGUGAGGUAACAUGUGGCGGGUUACCCCACCUAACAUUUAACCGUGAUCACAUUUAAAUGAGAGACUAUAUGGACAGGCGGGUUACCCCACCUAAGCGGGUUACCUCGGCUACCUGGGGUCCCCCACCUCCUUGUAAACAGGCCCUUAGAAAUAUCGAAUAGCCAAGCCUGGGCGUGGAUUAGCAACAUUGGAUAAGAUUUAAGCGAAUUGCAAUGGCGUGAACUUUAAACAUCAACACGGCUUUGUCAUCUUGAUCUGAAGGGGCUGUUUGACGGCUGUCUAGUUCAUUUUGCUUAUGAUAAUAAUGAUGUUAAAUAACAAUGAUAAUGCAAUUUUGCGUCCUUAUUCGCCUUGAAACUUGCGAAAUUACUGAAUACUCGCAUUCAAAUUUGUCGCUUUGCUGACCGGAUGAUGAAUAAUUAACAAUUAUUCCUCGAGCCCGAAUGGGCUCUGAGUAUCGGCCUCAUGGGCUAUUGACUCAGACGCCGUGAGGGCGAGAGGAAUAAUUGUUUUAGUGAAGUCCAACUAGUUGGUCAGAAAUAUCGAGACAAAACAACUUUACAUAGCAAAUCGCGAUUUAGCCGCCAUUGUUUUGGUUUUCAUAGCCGGCACUUUUCGUCACUAGUGGGCUAUAACAUACCGUAAAAUUCCGAAAAUAAGCCCCUCCACGUAUAAGCCCCUUCAAAUAUAAGCCCCCCAAACCGGUCACGUACAAAAACCUCCCAUUAAAUCGACCCUCCAAAUCUAAGCCCCUGUAAGCCCCCCCCCCCCCCAGGGGCUGGCGAUUGGAAAAUUGCCCUCAAAUACAAAGUAAAACAAAGCAAAAAGGGUAAAUUUACUUCCAUCUAUAAGGCUAGCCCAAUCGAUUUUGAGACGCAAAUUUCCCUCUGUAGAAAAGCCCCUCCGAAUAUAAGCCCCUCCAAAAAUAAGCCCCUUAAAAAGGGCCUUUGUAAAAUAUAAGCCCCUGGGCUUAUUUUCGGAAUUUUACGGUAUAGCCUAGUAGUAGCUCAACCAACCAGAACGCAACAUUGAUAAUAGACCACUGGUUGGAGUUUACUAAUUAAUGAUGUCCACGGUUUCUGCGCGAUGAUAAUUUGAGAAAAGGUGUAAUCAACAUGUGACGAGCGCAGGACAAAGAAAAAUCUGAGUCCCCAUCAGGAAUUGAACCUGUGACCUUCCGCACACCAAUUUGUGUGUCUGUUUGUUUUUUGCUCUUUCAGACUGUUGUCCAACGGCACAAACUUGAGCAGGUUGCAAAGGUACUUAUGUUGGUGUAAUUCGUGUGAAAUGUGAUAGUUAAUGACAAGAGUGCCUAUAGACCUCUUUCAUAAUGGAGACCUUUUAAUAUAUUCUUUUAUGUGUGAUAAUUUGCUAACGAGGUUAGAAGGGCUAACUAUCAUGCAGAUAAAAGAAUACAUUAAUAGGCCGGUCGCCAUUAUGAAAGAGGUCCAUUUUUGUGCUGCUGAACUAGCUUGUGUACAGCAGCCCCCUCGAACUAAGUUAAGAGAAAUUUUAAACAAAAUUUUGUCGUCCAGUUGCUUUUAAAACAUUAGUGGCUUUUUUCACAGAAACCCAGUUAUGUCAACCAAAAUGACUGUCCAUAGUUGAUAAAAAGGUAACUGAUAACUAACCCUUAUCUGACCUGGGUGUGAAACCAAGAUGACUGCCUUUUGAUGGACUCCAUAAAUAUGCGGCACUGUUAACGGUUUAAGGCAAUCAUAUGGAGUUUAAGCAACGACGUUUUUGAGCGAAGCACGUCAACCGUAAGUAGACUUUUUGACUCACUUCCGGUUGACUCAAAAACGUCGCUGCCGAAUCUCCCUAUGACGGUAACGUAACAUUUUAUUUGCCUCAGUUUCAACAAAUUCAAAGACAGCGGAUAUUGCAUCAAGCCGCUCUCCAACAACAGCAGCAGCAGCAACAACAACAGCAACAACAACAACAACAACACCAACAGCAACAACAGCUUCGGCAACAGCAACAGCAGCAAACACAGCAACAAACUCAACAGCAACCACGGCCUAAGGGCUUCGCAGGGCCUGGCAUGACUCCAGCGCAGGUUUUUUAAACUAAAAGUUCUCCUUACUUGAUUCCAGGUUUCUUUUAGUUCUUGUUGGGGGAAGAGGCAUAAGAAUCCCAAGUUUUCUUUGUAGAGAUCCGCUUCUCCUUCGAAGUCCAAAAUCACGCAAAAUAAUUUUGUAUUAUAAAACGAGUUAGAAGUUAUAAAUAUACGAAAAUCAUACAUGAGAAGUGCGGAGUGAAGAGUAAUAUGAAAGAAGAUCAUCGCAGUUAUAGACGCAACUUCUGCAGUUUCGAAAAGAAAGCCUCAAAAAAGACUCAGGCUUGUACGAGUUAGGUAAUGAAUUUGUCGCACCAAGUCUAAUUUCUUAGGCCCAGUUCAAACGUCAAUCUUUUCAUGUACCGAACCUAAUCCCUUGAAUUUAGUACAUGAAGAGAUCGACGUUUGGAUCAGUUAAGUUCGACUGACAUCUCUAAAUUGAGUGGAACCCAUGUAUUAAGAUCGAGUGGCCCACUUCGUUUCAAACGUCGAAUUUCUCAUGUGCCGAACCUAGUGUAUAAAUUACUAAAAAAUACUUUCACUUGUAAGCAUUUUAGACCAUUGAACAUUGUAGUAAAGAAUUGAGUCUGACAAAUUAAGUUCGUCAUCUGAACCAACCGUCGAACGUGUAUCAUUUGGGUCGACCUAAAUAGGUAUUUAGUUCGGUACAUGAAAAGAUCGACGUUUGCACUGGGCCUUAGAGAUCUUAGACUUGACACAAUUGCCAAAUUCCUGGUUAAUCUAGUUUUCUUAAGUUCCGUCUUUUUACAAUCCACGUGUUGAAAAUAUGUGAUUCUCACCCAAGGUGAGACGGGACAGAUUCACGAACCCCUCCUAAAAACCAUAAAAUUACUUUGAACUGUCGAAUUUAAGAGGGCCAGAGCCGAGUAUCCUCUAAAACUAAGGUAUAUUAUGGAUCGUAGCAUUUCAAGAUCCUGAGAAUAUAUGAGUUACGGUCAUUUUGUUGCUAUUUUUAGUUUCAGCAGCAAAAUGCCGCUUUGCAGCAGGUACAAGUUUCCCAGCAGUCUUUGCUAAAUGCUGCUGCGACUACAAUGAUGUCCACGGCAACGCAGGGACUAGGACAGACCCAAGAGGGAAUGGUGACUAGUGCUCAGAGCACUGUGGCCUCUAGUUUGGGCUUGACAUUCAGUGGAGUAAACACUGGGAACCACAAUAUGCUUUCUAUGGACCAACAAGACAACGUAAGUAAAAGAGAUGGCAUUGCCGGCUCAAAUAAAUUUCAUUUCCCAAGAUUAAUUUGUUUGGGGCAGGCCAGAAUCUCACUAGACCGGCGAAAAGCUUUACGGUAUGGUAUGGACAGCAACCACACAGAACAGUCGUUCACACAAAUCGAACAUCGUGCCGGAGCGGUUGGCAGAAAAGGUUUGGUGAACUAAAUCCCAGUCUUCACUCGUGAAUAUUUACUUUCGUGUCAGUGGGUACCAGUCUUCUUUCCUACUUACAGUCGACUCCCGAUAACUCGAACCCUCGCUAACUCGAACCUCGCGUUAACUCGAACCAAAAUCGAUUUCCCCUGGAUUUUUUCAUACAUUUACUGUAGUUUUACCCUCGGUAAGUCGAUCCCUCAAUAACUCGAACCUCCCGCUAACUCGAAGUAAUUUUUGUUUCCCCUCAGAUCAUUUCCAUAUACAUUUACCCUCAAUAACUCGAACCAUCUUUUGGACGCUUAAAAAGUCGGGGAAAAAAAAACAACAAACAAACAAAAAAAAACAGUGUACUGUCUGGCAAAACAUAAUUUUGAAUUUACCUUUGAUCUGUUGUAGGCAUAUAGUUUACUAGUGAAGGUUGAUGUUGUUUGUCACAAAGAUAACAUGAGACAGCUUUGCUACUCAAAACAGUAAAACGCAUGCUCUAUUUAGGCUAUGGUGUUUACGCUACGUUCUGAUUUAUAAUCUAGAAGUAAAUUUCAAUUUUCGCUUAACAUUUCUACGACUAAAUGUGAUUAAAAUGUUCACUGUUCAGUGGAAAAACUGGUUUUUCCCUUACUUUCGGGUAUUUACUUCGAGCUCCGGAUAACUCGAACGCCCAAUAACUGGACCCUUGAAGGUUCGUGUUAUCGGAAGUCGACACUGUAUUCCGUCGGAAUAGCUGUUCACACUGCAUCAAAGUGUGGCACACAACCUAGUAUCCGAUAUGUGACGCUUCACUUUCCAGAUCGGCGUAGCGCAGCUUCGAUCCGUUACAGAAAUGGCGCCGAAAUCACCGUUCAUGGUGUAAACAGGAGCCCUACCCAAUAUGAUUUCUGUGCCGGCGCAAAGGCUAUCUGGUAUAGUGUGAUCAUCACCUAAGACUGCUUCUUAUGAUCCCCUGAAAGACAGAGAGGAUUUUUCAGCCGAUGAGAAUAGCUCGUUCAGGGGCGGAUCUAGGGGGAGGGUGCAGGGGGUGCGCACCGCCCCCCUCCACCCCGAGAUGACCUGUGGUUUUCUAAUACAACUAGUAUUCUGCCCAAAAAAAAACAACAACAACAACAACCAAAAAAAACUAUGUGGUUUAUUGGUGUGGAAGUAGAGCAAGAGACGAGUGCACCCCCUCCUAAAAAAAAAAUCCUGGAUCCUCCCCUGUCGUUACUCUCUAAGGUUGUAAAGGUGAAAUCAAUCCCAAAUGUCAUUUUCGUCUACAAUGGGUUGUAUGUAACUAGGAGUUCUAAGUUUUAAAGUUCACUUAGGCAUUUACGUUUUACAGCGUCUGAAGAUAAUUAUUGAAUAAUACUAUUCUCCAAUGAAUUUAUAGGUUUAUGCACCUGGUUUAUGCAUAACUAAAAUAGGCGAGUAGAAGCAGCUUUGAGUUGGUUUUAGUCGUGUUCAAAGUCUUUUUCUUCAAGUUUAAUACAAGAAGAGCUUAUAAAAGCAUAAUAAAUACACUUUUUACCGUGUCAUGAUGACAAACAGCACAGUUUUCCCAGAAGAUACUUGUAAAAAGUCUUAAGAACAUUAUUUGAAAGAUCAUAUAAUACGCUUUUGGAUUUAACUCGGUCCCAGGCCUUGUGUAAAGGAAAUUCAGAUCACUUUAUGUUUCUGGGAAACUGCCCAGCUACCCCUCCCCUAAGCCAUCAUUUUGCCCAAAGUGAGAAGUAAGUGCUAAUGUAGCUUAGGGGCGGGGGUAGUGGGCCGUUUCCCAGAAACUUAAAUUAAUCCGGAAAGAGCACUUAAUGAGAAUUCUUAUUUUCAUCGGCAGUCUUUCCAAGCGUUACAGCAGGAGCUACAACUAAAGCAGCAGCAGCAGCAGCAGCAACAGAAACUACAACAACUUCAACAACAACAACAACAACUUCAACAACAACAGCAUCAGCCACAGCUAACACCGCAACAACAACAGUUAUUAGCUCGAAGACAACUUCAGCAGCAGGUAGUUAGUAGUUAGCUUUCAGGCUUUAUUCUAGAGCGCGGCCUUGAGGGAUUUCCGGAUUUGGAAAAAAAAAUGCCGCGUCAAAUGGGGCGCAAAAAAAAGGCCCAAAGAUAAGUACUAUUUUUUUGAAAUAACCUAUUCUAAAACAUCACUGACAACAACACUGAUUUGACGGCCGCUCUAUAAACUUACUUUGAACUUUUAUAGCCUCUUACUGUCUCAAUUGCCUUUCUGUUCUUCGUUUGAGUCAUUACUUCACCAGGCAAACAUCCGGGAUUCUGCAGUAAUUCGAGCCAAGGCUUUUUCAGUUGCCCAGAAUGUUGCAAAAUGGCGGCAAAGUUUCGAUAAACGUUCGUUUUCUCGUGGAACAGUCUGUACCAAUAAGUUCUAAUACCUUUUGGGGGACCCCCUUUCUUGAAAAAGGGCCCGCUAAAUUACCGAAGGAGGCCUAUUGGAUCCUCAUUGGCCAAUUUCUAGAAAAAACCCCCGCUUUGUUAUUUUGGAAGACGUACCCUUUUUCCUAGAAAUGAAUCAGUCCCCGCUUUGCCCAGCGCCUGUUUCAAAUGUCAGACAAAAUAGGGGAGGGGGAGGGGUGGGGUGAAGGGGAGAGGGGUGCGUGAUCGAGGGGUGGAAAAUUAACGAACGGAAAUUUUGUUUUGGCAACUGUUGGACAUAAAUCAUUUACGCACGUGCGUGGUCGUAGUCUUCUUAUUAUACAACGUAAGGGAUAUCAAAUAAAUUAAUCUAUAAAUCGAUGUAGCAGUACCUCCUAAAAUCCAGUUCCCUCUUGGAUAAGUGCUUUUCAUUUGUGGGUAUUUACCUCGUGUACUGGACACAGAUGACGUAAAACAAAACAACAAAAACCAAGAAACAAUACCAAGCAGAUUUUUCUCUGAACAGAAAACAAAGAAGUCUUUUGUUUUACGUCAUCUGUGUCCAGUGUUUUGACCCAUUUGUGUUAUGUGGUAACAAGGGUGAAAUGUUUUAAUGUGACAACAGCCUAUGAUAAAAUAACAUUCAGGUAUCGUACGACUGUACAACAAUUUGAAUUCGUCUGUUACAGCUUCAACAAGCACAGCAACAACAGCAACAACAACAGCAACAGACACAGCAACAAGUCUUUCCACUACAGGAUUCCCAGGUUCAACAGAUGGAUACAAGCCAGGCUGGAAUCCCGUCCCAACUCCGUCACCUUCUACAGGCUAACCAGGCUUCAGCUCAGCAGCAGGGAUUAGCUGCAGCUGCGCAGCAGCAAGGGAUGACACCAGGACAGUGGCAACUUCUGCAACUCCAGCAGCAACAACAGAGAUCCCAAGCAGCUGUUCAGAUGCCUCUCGGCCAGGUAAGCUGGUGGUUUGGAUUGAUUUUUCAUUGAUGGACACGUGUGGAAAUAGACCCUAUUGACGAUGCCCUCCAUCUUUGCGCGCGCUUAAGGACUGAUGGGACAAAAGCGAAUUUCGGGUGGUUUCUCAACGAGGGGGGGGGUGGGGGGAGGGCAAACAAGUGAAAAAAUCUGCCAAUACAAAAAAUCGUGGUCGUCUUAAAGACAAUAAUGGCAAAUUAUGGCCGGAAGAGAUCAUUGUUACUUCUCAGAUGCAAUAGCGACCGUAGAUGUCUUCUCAGUAAGUAAUAAUGACGUAAAACUUGUCGAUACUCGAACUGUACGUUUUGCAUGACCUUUAAUUCGUCCUCUCGUUUUGAGAGAAUAAUCAAACUUGAUUGCGAUUACUUGUGUUGAGACAUUUUAUCACUUGUUUGUCCCCUAAAAUACCACGUGACAUUGGUUUGAUCCCGUCAAUCCUGAAGCGCGUGCAAAGAUGGCGGGUAUUGUGAGACAGUCUUUUUUUACUCAGUGUAAAUCUAUGAAUGAGCUCUUUGAGGAAAAUGUGAUGUUUCCGACAGGAUUCGUACCUUCUAGGCUUGUUUGGGCGUCUGUGGCAAAUGUGCUAUGGAGAGACUCAGGAGAAUUUGGCCAUUUGCUAGGUUUUAUAUAACGUGCGCGUGUUCCACGUACUGCUAGGAUUAGCAAAGUGGGAGCAUACUAUAGUGAUGAGAAAAAGUUAAAGAAAGGCAGCAAAUUAUGAGCUCGGUAGUGAAAAAAUCUUGACAGGUUUUGAACUUUCAAUCUGUCAAACACUGGGUGGUCAUUACACCCUUGUUUGCUUUGGAUUCAUCGCUCUUUCUUUAUAAAAACUGUCAGAUUUGUGCCCAAACAAUAGAGCGAUUCAGAAUUAUGUUUACGGCAAAUGACAAACGUCAAUUUCUACCAUGUGAUCAAGUAUUCUCUUUACUUGUAGUUUUAUGCUCAUUAUAUCUAUGCAAAAAUUAGUAGUUUCAUGCCAGUUUCAUCCAUAACAAUUGUCUGGUACAGUUUUCAUCUGCUCCUUUUCCUGUUUUGAGAAAAGUCAACUUGAAUCUUUCGUUUGCCGUUUCCGCAAACGCGAUUCUAAAUCUCUAUAAUGGCGCGUCUUUUUAUGUCACAGGUUCAGAUGACACAAGCUCAAAUGGGUCAGCCCCAGGUCCCCAUGACCCAAGGGCAAGUAUCGCAGGCUCAAAUGCAGGUUCAGCAGCAGCAGUUAUCGCAGUCUCAAACCAGUUUUCUACCUGAGAAUAUGAGCUUACUGGAUAUCCUACCUCAGUGA